UCGUCCCGUGGCUCAGCAGAGAGGGGGGUAGGGAUCGAGAAUGGCGGCCGUGCAGUGCACCAAAUGCAUGGCAGAAAGGAAAGGGUUUCGGCGGGAACUUGAUUCUUGGCGACAUAGAUUGAUACACUAUGUUGGGCUUGAAAGUAUUCUGGAGGGAAUCUAUGGCCCAAUACUGCUGAGAGACCUUAAUUUAUUUGUGGACUGUGAACCUGAUGAGGUGGAUGACUGGUCAGCAGAAGGAAGCCUCUCACAGUGUUCGUUCUGUAACCUGCCACUAGACAAACUCAAUGACCAAGUACCUGCAGCCGUGUCACCUCUGUCCUCCCCUUCUGAUUACUCUCCUUGUCAAACCUCAACCAUCUCUGAGAGCAGCCAAUCAGCACACAAGUUCCUUCACGCGGUGUUUCACCAGAAAGAUGCGACCCUGGAUUGUGAUCCCAAAAUACCUUUGGUUGCUCAGGAGCUGAUGAAGAAGAUGAUACAUCAGUUUGCUGUGGAGUAUGCGUCCAAGUGCCUGCUCCUUACCACGACAAAUGGUGUCACAAGACCCUCAUCUCCGUUGUCAGAAACAUCAGAUGCUCCUCUGGAUCUCACAGUGAACCGAACAUUUGAGGAGAGACAGAGUGAGUCUGAGACAGAUGGCGUGUUAGAUCUCUCAAACCGGAACUCUGCAAGCUCUGCAACAUCAUCCAUUCACAACGCCUCAGGUUCCUGGCUGCCAUCUGUUACAGAAGAAGGGCGAGUUGUGGGACAGCGAGGGACUAAGUUUCACCAGCGUUCUGCUUUGAAUGCCGUUCUACGUUCUCUCUGCCGAGAACACCGGUCCUUACUCUACCAAAUCCUUAAAUUAGCUCAUCAGGAAAAAUUGCUUUCAUUCCAGAAUCACAAACCGAUUGGUCAGACUGAGUCUCACCGCUGUCAUUGUGUAAACCCACAAGUUGAUAUAGAACCCCAUUCAGUCCCUUUAAAAGAAUGUAAAGCCCAUAACCACAAGUUAUAUUGGCCUUCAGGUGACUGUGAUCAUCAAAGUUAUUGCAGUGCCCCAUACCAUCUGGGGGACUCUGAAUCUAGCUGCAGCCUCCAUCACCACCCUUACAAAGACUGUAACAGUGAAAGUCAGCAGGGCUCAGGCUAUUGCUGUGGGCAGAGGUGCAGGGGGCAAAUCUGCCCAGCUCUAUGCUCUAAGAAGGUACACUGCAAUUCCUGCCAGAGCCAUGCAGCAGACUGUACAAACAUACUGAGGUCAAAUGCCUUGUCUCCACUGUUAUCAGAGUCCUUACUGUGUACUUCCUCCUCUAGAUUAUGCUCAUCUGUAUGUCAUAAGCAACACCAGUCCCUCUCCUGUUCCUGUUAUCCAACCCAUAUCUGUCUGACCACCAUCAGAACCAGAGCAGAAAGAGGUUUUGGAGAUAGGGAUAGCCCUUGUACUGUCCUGAAUAGAGACCGGAGUCCUUCUCCUCCUCGUCUUUCUCCUAUUCCCCAAGAUAUCAGUAAGAAAAUGAAUGAAAAGCCACCAUCGCUUUCCUACCACACACAGGGGGAGGAAGCUGACCUGAUAGUUAAAAACAGUCAGGGCAGUGCUUGCCACAUUACAGCAAGUGUGGAUGCAGCCACAGACACUGAGCCGCAGUGUAAGAGUGUAGGGCAUAAUCAGGCUGAACAGAACCCAGAGGGAAGUUCGCUGCAGGAUGUUGUGAACCGCUUUACUCGUAAACUGGAGACCAUCACAUCACUUGACAAAGACCCCACUCUGGUCUCCACAGCUGUUUACGUUUCUGAGGAAGAAUCCCAGUUUCCCUCAACUAGUCAGCCAUUCCAUGCUGAUGCCCAUUUGACUGAAAUCAUCACCACGGUGCUCCACACAGGCAGUGCUAGUGACUACAAUCUUAGUGAGCUGUUCAACCGCCAUCACAACAAAGAGCCGAAGUCACCUAACACCCGUUCCCGGCGGCGGCAGGAAAUUCAGGUCGCUAUUGCAACACCUGCUAACGAUGCUUGCGCCAGGAGGAAUACCUUAGCAAUAAAAAGGAAUUUUGCCAUGCUUGAUCCAUCGUACAAUCGGAGAAAGGGGACACAAGCAAAGAAAGUAAGACUGAAAAAAGAAAACAUGCCUGUACCUACAUCUGUCACUUCAUCAGACCCAGAUCUAUUUAAAGAGGCUAGUAAUAGAAAGUCAGAAGCAACAGUAGAACUUGUAAAGAAUCAUGGGAUUAAUGAGGGAACACAGUGCACAAUAUCUGCUGAAAGUGACAGGGACAAAGCUAAGGCAGAAAUAAAGGCAAUGAUGGUAACAGAUGAACUACAGACUGUAAAAGAAGAGAGAGCAGGGGGUCUAUGUUUUGGCACAGGUGAGCUUCCCAUUUCUAAUAUUAAACAUGCUUCUGAGAUGCAGAACACAUGUGAAAAACAAGUCCUAAAGGACGACCAUGUGCAAACACAGCCUGUAUCAAUGUCUCCCAGUUCUGUUACAAAGAGCCCCAGUCUCUGUACUGAAGGCUGUGGGUGGAGCCCUGAAGAAGCCACAUCAGUUCAAAAUUUUGAUACAGACAGCUCACCAGAUAAAGGUGCUCAUAGUCCUGUGAAUGAGGAGCAGAAAUGUAAGUCACAUCAGUCCAGGGGAGUGAGAAAGUCUGUGAGGAAUAUCGUCCCUCCACAGCGGUUAUCUUCCUACAUCACAUGGCCGGCUCCUAUUUUUCACGCCUUAUCUGUAGAAACUGAUGGCACCCAGGCUAAAUUAGAAAAUAAACCCCCUUUUUACCCACUAGAACAUAAAGGGAACCUUACCUUUGAACCAAAACCAACGGAACCUUCGGAACUAAUGUCUACACAGUCAAAAGGUAAAUGCCAGGUCUUGCAGCAAACAGUGGCCAUUGACAAAGACAGUUCUCAGAUGAAUGACUCUGAAAGAAAAAUGGAUAUCAAUGAUGUUCCUUCAUAUGGGAGGCUCCGUUCAUCUACAAGAAGGCUACAAGCCUUAAGGAUGCUUCAAAACGCAUUAAAUGUUAGCAGCUCACCUACCCCCAAAGCUCAGUACGUCAGUCCAAUAAAGCUCAUGUUUGUAUCCCCAGUAAAGGACCAGGAAGGAAUCAAAUAUAGUCUUAAAUCAGCAGGUUCUGGUUCUAGUCUUCAAACAGAGGAGGUGUUUGACCCAUGUGUAGAGUCUUCAUGGUCAGGUACACCUCAGAAGCACAAAAGCCAAAGCAAGGAGCAUGCAGUAUCACCGACUAAGACGAGUCCUUCACCAGCAAAAGCCGUUACUUCACGUACGUCCUCACCAGCCAAGUCGCCCAAGUGUCAAACUUUGCCUAGGUCUGCCACAUCAUCACCUAAAACCAGCACAAGAACAUCAGGCGACGGUACUCCAUCCAAACGUUUGUCUGAAAGUGAGAACCAGCGAUCACCACGUGAGUUGGUGUCCCUCUGUGAAACCACUCCUCCAAAACGACGUCCAGGCCGACCAAGAAAGCUGGGACCACGGCUCGAGCAAAAAGUCAAGAGGCCCAUUGGCCGACCACGAAAACAGAAGCACGCAGAUGUUGUAACAGAGUCUCAGUCACUAAAUGGAAAAUGUUCUACAAUUGAAGACGUCACGAAGAACCUUAAAAUAACUGUCCUGUAUGGCCGUUCGAGAAGAAACAAACGAGUGGUGUCUGAGGGUUUUGACCAGCUCCAAACCAAUUUCAACAAUGCUCGCCAAGCAGUGAAUCUUAAAAGUGACUUGGGCUUUUCAUUGGCCUGCUCUAGAAGGAGUUCAGGUAUUAUGAAAUUAUGCCGAGAAGAAUUAAAUUUUGUUAGUCCUGCUAACGAGCCCACACCUCAUUCAAUGAGCAGCAUCAAAACUCAGAGGCAGAAUGGAAAUGCACCCUCAAGAAAACCCGGCAGACCUGCAAAAAUUAAGAUCUCUGGAAUCUCAGUCACUGUUACAGCUGCAUCACCUCGGCGACGCCAAAUUCAAAUAGUGAAAGAGACCCGGAUAUUACCUAAAACACAGCCUCCUAAGGAAGCGCUCCUACCAGAGUCUGCAAAAGAGCCUUGCAUAGGCAGCAGUCAGUUACCAAUUAAAAAUAGUCAAGGUGAGGUGAUAGAAACGAAGAAUAGAAAUAAAUAUGAACUGACAAAUCAGACUACAGCAUUACGACAUUCAAUAAGAGAGAGGAAACCCUCAAUACACCUGCUGCAUGCUGUUGCUACCUCUACCUUUAGGUAUAACAAGUACAGUCAUGCUCUGUUGUGCAAUGAAAGGAGACAGGAGGAGCAACAAGUGAGUGCAGAAACUCAGCCACUGAAAAGACAGCCAUGUAGAAGAGAGAGAGAAAACACCAGUCAAGAUCUGAACAAAGUUGCUAAGAUUUCAUUAGAUUCAAUCUUCAGCCCAAGAAAGACUGUGCGCUGGUGGGCAGCAUCAGCUGAGGAGAAUGCAAUGAACCAGGAGCUUGCCAGACGAAUAAGAGUCAUCUCUGAAACCUGGGUUGCGGAUGCUCCUAAUGAACAAGACAAAGAAGUGGUCCAUGAUUCAAAUCUAGACACUAAGGGAAGCAGUCCAGUUACCAGAAAGUCUAAAAAGUCCUCUGUUGUCCGAGCACUGUUUGAUUGUUCACCCAACGAACCAAGGUCCUGUAGCAUUCAGCAGAUCUGCUCCUGGUUUAUGCAGACCACCGAGACACAGUCUCUUGCAAUUGUCAAGAAAGCAAGCUCCCGUAAUCCUUUUGAACUCAUGCACUUCCCUCGUUCUGCCAAUAAAAAAAGCGUUAGCCACAGUCCUCAGGCAGAGAGACUCCGCAAACACGUCAAAAAGUUUGCCAAGACCGUGCCAAAAAGUCCUCUGCAGCAUCAGCAGGCUCAGCUACGUCUGAGAAAGAAGAAAAAGGCUCAUCAGAUACAUCGACAGUUUGUUUCCAGCCUCCCAGUGGGUAAGCACAAUCGAGGAGUCAUGUGGUGGAGAUUUAGCUUGUCUGCUCAGUUUCGGGCCACUUUGUUUAGAGUGAGGAGAAGGUUCCUUACUCUGAGAGAAAGGCAGAGGUGGCAAAAGUGGAAAGGUAAAAAGAAAAACAAGAGAAUAACAGCUAGCUCAAACAAGGCUAUGGCAAAUCACAAAGCAUUACACAGAUCAGCAAAACACCAGCUAUCUAACUCUCUUUGGAAAAGUUCCCCCACCUGUUCUGUCGAUCAAACAAUGAAGUAUGUGGAUGUCCACAAGGAACAGAAGCUCUCUUCAAAAGCAUGGAGUCCUGAGAAGCUUAAGGAGUGCCGUGUGUUUCUGAGAAAGAUCAACUCUCCAGACAACAAGUCAGCUGAGGAGGAGGGGGACUCGUGCACUGUGACACUGGAUAAUGGUUCACCUUCUACGGACCUCUUUGAAGGAAAGGAGACGGACCUGGAAGGAGUUACUAAAGCUGUGAGGAAUGGAAGAAAAAGGAGCUUGAACAACAGUGCUUACUCAAGAAAACUGUCCGAUUUGGCACCCCAAUCACUGCCUAAAGGGAAGGAGAGGGGUAGGCACAAACAAUCUGUGGUAACAUUCCCUGAAAUACCACAACCGCCACCAGCAAAAGUAUUGAGACAAUCGCGAAUGAGGGGCCUGACUGGGCCGAGAUGGUGCGACUUUGUGUUUGAAACCUAAAUGAAGCAAUGGGGGCUCCUGUUCCUGGGAACGAGGCUGCAGUUUUAUCCUGGUGCCUUCGGACGUUGAGCUGACCACAUGGACUUGACCGCCUCACUAUGGUUCAGUCUUACACUCAGCCGUUAUGUAGCAGUCUAACUUAAAAAAAGCUUGAUGUUGCACUAUUUUUAUCCAUUGACAUUUAUGUGCUUCUUUUCUCUAAACUUGUAUAUUAGAACAACUCAUUGCUCUAAAGCAUUUUAAUUAAUUUAGUAUUUAUAAAGUGAGCCUUGUUUAUAUCACAUUGCAAGGAAAGACAGAGCUUGACUGCAUCAACACGGCGUCGUCUUAUUUCCCUCCAUAUGAAGGUUAACACCACUCUUUCAAUUUGUAAUUUUACUAUUUAAAAUCACUCCUGCUCUAAAACCUGUCCAAUAUAUACUUUAAUAUUUAGCACAGCUCUUAUUUUAGCACUCCCAAAAUCCUAAAUUUUAUUGUUUUUUUCCUAAAGGUUAGAUUAAAAAAAAGUUGAAAAUUGUUUUCUUCUUAUCCAAGCCCUUAUUUUAUUUUAACUUAGCAGACCACAAAAUAUGCUUUUAUUGAAGGAAUUGUUUUUGCACCAUUUUAACCCAAUUGACACUCUAUUCAUGUCCCUGUUUAGUGAACUAGUAAUUGGUCUUCCCUGCUAAAACCAAACUAUGUCUCUUUUUUUUUUUUCCAUCUGUGUGCUUGUAGUGGCUACAUGCUCUGCAUCAUGUCCCAAUAAGCUGUUAACGGACAUAAACUCUGUCAUAUCUUGCCAUUUGUGGUUAGUCUUAAUCUAGUUAUCUGUAUCUGCGUCUCUUUUUCACCUGCAGCAUUUACUUAGUUGCUGCUAGAUGUACUUCUUGCACUAUUUCAUGUGAGAUUAUUAAUCCCACUACACAGGCUCCUCCUCCUCCCAUGUUUUGCACAUCCCGUGUUCCACGCCCAUGUCCUACUGUAAACUUAGAAACUCUCUUUAGUGCAAUACAAACCCAGAUGAUUUAUCAUUAUUUAGAAAUUAUUUUAUUGCUGACAGACGAAUGGAUGUACCCAAAAACCGAUGGUCUGGGAUGUUAUUCACCUCGGUCCAUUGACAUGCAACAAGAUUUUAACCCGUUAAGACACAAAUAUUCCUUCAGUUACUGAUGUCCUUACAUCAACUUGUAAUGGGUUAAAACAUACAAUUGUAUCUGCUUUACUUUCCUCCAAGAAGCAGGAAAAUGACAAAUAACUAUUUUUUUCACCAUAGCAUUAAAUCAUAUUAUACGUCAAGCAUUAUUUACAGUAUAUGCACAGAUGGGAGAUGUUACUGCUUCUCUGGUGUUUAUUAUUUUUUUCCUUAAGACGCCUACCUCCAGUGGGACUCCACUAAUCCUACUGCUGUUUAGCUUAUUGGUCAUAAAUGAGGCCGGAGAAUUGAUCGCCCAACCCUAAUCCGGGAUCAGUUUGUUUUUCCUGCCGUCGGUGAGAGAGCACAGAUCCAAAUCGUGGCUUUAGGUCAAAACCUACCAUGCAGUGAGUAUUAUGCCUGACUACCCAUCUACAUAGAUUUGUCACUGGUUGCCAUUUCAUCAUAAGGGAGGUUGUAAGGCUCAGUCUUGUGCUGAAUAACCCUGGUGCUCUGUUGUGUAUGUUUUUUUUUAAGUGUUUUUAUACAGUGCAUUACAGAUGCAUCGAAGAGGUGUCUGUAACUGGAUGAAUCAAUAAAGAGUCUUUUCAAGUAAA